UGUUGGAUGUGACUAAAGGGGUGGAGAAAAAGGAGAGGCAGAAAGAACAUAGAAGACAAAGGAAAUCUCUCUUAUCUGGAUCACAGCAAACACACCAAGACAGAUGCAGUGCCUCCAAGAUCAGGAUGCUCUCAUCCCUCGGCCUCGUGGGACUUUGCCUAAGGUGUGUGCUGCGUCGCUGGCUGCCAUAACAAUAGGAGGCAUCAUGUUUCUGUCUCCUGAAAGGUUAUUUGGUUGGGUUGCCAUGGUAAUACUCACCUUGACCCUUGGCCCUCUACUGCACGGGCUCUGUCUGCUAGCAGAGGAGAUGCUGUACCAUUCAAACACAAGGUAUCGAGGCCGAGGGCUGCUGAGCCAUGUGCUGCCAGCCUGUGGUUUUGGGGGAAAGACCCUGCUGGCUGCAGGGCUGGCAGGCCUUAUGCUCUACCUGGCCGGUCAUCCUCUGCCACACAAAAGUCAGUGCUGGAAACUCCUCAUCCUGGCCUCGGUUCUUUACGCGCUGUUCAAAAGCCUGGGAGUCCUGGGUCCGUCAGAGGUGGAGGUGUCAGACAUCUGCGAGGGGAGGAAGAUGAACGUCGCCCACGGCCUGGCGUGGUCCUUCUACCUGGGCUAUCUGCGACUGGUGCUGCCGCAUUUGGAGGCUUCCAUCGCAGCAUUUCGUGCCACCCAUCACAUCAGCAGCCCCUUCUGCGGUCGUGGCUCCAGGAAGCUCCUCAUCCUCAUACCUCUCAAUGCCAACAUCUCUCACAAGCUGGAGGAUGAGGACAACAACAUCCGUUUCUAUGACAACCUCCCCAACACUGAGAUUGACAGGGCAGGAGUCCGGCGGCGGGUCUACAAGCACAGCGUCUACACAGUACUGAACGAGCAUGGGAAGGCCCAUGAGUGUGUGGUGGAGUAUGCAACGCCUCUGCUGACGCUUUACAGCAUGUCCCAGGAGAGCAGCGCUGGUUUCGGGGAGCCUGAGCGCAGACAGCAGGUUCUGCUGUUCUACAGGACCCUGCAGGACAUACUGGAGCGCUCGCUGGAGUGUCGCAACCACUACAAACUCAUCCUGCUCAAUGAUGAGAAUGAAGACGACCCUCACUUCCUGUCCAAGGCCAUCCUCAGACACCUGCAGCAGCAGGAGAAAGAGGAGUUCUACCUCACCCCACCUGAUGAUGGAGAUGGUGCGCCUGUUGGCACAAACUUCGCCAAGAUGGUGGACCCGUUGGUGCAAAUUUCAAGUGCCAUAGACAGGGACUGGCACCACCCUGAGCCAAUGAGCAGGGAGCCCACGCUCAUGUAUAGCCUGGAGGAACCUCAGCCUCUAAAGGAACCUGUUGAGAACACCGACCAUUAUUAUGGAAAAAUAUAAACACAUGAAUACACACACACACACACACAUAGGGUUGCAGUGUACCGUGGUAUGAAAAUUGAUGCUUAUCAUACCAUGAACAUUUACUUAUCUACUGAAUUCUACCGCAUUAGUGUCAUUAAAAAAACACAUUUCAAGUUUAUAUCAAGUUUCAUGUCUGUCAGGACAUAAUAUUUUGUGAAAUUAAAAUAAACCCUUCUGUUUUCA